AUGCUUCUGAACCAUACAGCUGGUUUUGGCUACGCCUUUGAAGAUGACAAACUCGCCGAGGUAGCCCGUCCGAUCGGCCUGGAUGAUUUCUCCUGUGACAGGCUUGAUGUCAUCAACCGCCCGCUGGUCAACCAGCCCGGUGAAACAUUUCAGUAUGGGACAUCGAUGGACUGGGCGGGCAUUAUUGUCGAGCGUGCUACAGGAGUGUCCCUAGAAACGUACUUUCAGGAGAACAUUUUCGAACCUCUCGGGAUCACCAGCAUCACGUUUCAACCUUCGGAAGAGUCGAAAUCCCGAUUGGCUCAUAUGCAUCAGAGAGACGUUGACGGUGGAUUUUACGAGAUAGAUCACAUCUACAGAAAGCCCCUGGUCGUGAAAACGCAGGAGGAAAGGGACAACCUAUUUUGCGCUGGGGGGCACGGAUGCUUUGGCAAGCCAGCAGAGUUUUCCCGUAUCAUCUCGCUGCUCCUGAAUGAUGGCCAAGAUGCCAGGACGAAGGCACAACUGCUGAAACCGGAAACAGUAGACGCCAACACUGGCAAGACCCACCCCGUUGACCCCAAUGCCAGAGGAUCAUACUGA